AUGUAUUUCCCCAUAGGAUGGCCGAAAGUUCUAAGGAGUGUGGAUGUAGAUUUUCAGGCUUUUAAACAAGUUGUGUCCAAUCGGGAUAAAAUCUUAUUUGCUUCACUAAGUGAUGAUGCUUUUGUGGUGUGGUUUUGUAAACCCAGUGUCUCUAUAGUAUAUCAUAAACGAAAUUCUGAAUCUAUACAAAGACUUGGAAUAAAUGUUGGAAUUGAAUGGAAGCCCGAUUCAUCUAUGAUAUGCAUAUCGACAUCAGAAGGUCAUUUGAUUUUAUAUAAUGUCGAGGUACAAGGCGACCAACCUGCAUAUCAACAGUUUGAUCCACCUACUGCAAGUUUGCGACGAGAUUCUGCUGAAUUAUUUGUUAAAGAAGUCAUACCAUCUCUAAAAAUAACAUUGUUUAAAGAAGUUUUAAUAUGGGAUGGUCAAAUUACACGUAUGUGCUGCAUAUCAGGAACUGAGAUACUUGUGUGUACAACACGAGCUCACUUAUUGAGGUAUCGUUGGGAUGGCUCACAAAAUAGAGAUUACUGUCUGGACUUAGGAAGAAUACCAUUCUCUAUAAACCAGCAAGUAUCAAAAGCUGAACCAAUUUUAGAAGAUAAUACACAUGUUAAUGAUAUUGAGUAUUCACCUUUAGUCUGUGGAUUUGGUAUAACUUUGAAUGAUGGUCGUGCUGCAUAUCUGACUGCACCAAAUUUAAAAUUUGACCCCAAUGCAGUUCAAGGUAUUUGGGCGCAAGGCAUCGAUGACUCUACCUGUGCAAGAGUUAAUCAUAAAUUCAGACUAAUUGCUAUUGGAAGAAGGAAUUCACAGGUGGAUGUUUUCACAAUAGAUGAAAUAACGGGUGGUCUGGAACUGUCUCACACUAUGGUGCUCAGUUCUAAGGACUUUCCGGGCGACCCGGGGCCUGUCAAAUGUAUGAGAUGGACAGGCGAUGGCCGCGCCGUGGCAGUGAGUUGGGAAGGCGGUGGAAUAUCAGUGUGGAGUACAUUUGGGGCCCUUCUCAUGUGUUCCCUGGCAUGGGAUUAUGGCCUGAACCAGGAUCUUAGCAAGCAUAACCCACUAGUCAUCUCCAGUAUGGAAUGGGCAACGGAAGGCUAUCAACUAUGGAUGGUCAAGGAGGAAGAAUCAAAGUCCAAUCUCAUACAAAUGGAUUUCGUCAAGAGCCCCCUCACGGUUAAUCCUUGUAUGAGUAACCAGAGGCACCUUUACUUGCAAGCGGACGAUAAACUGUACAUAAACCUGGAGGACAAUCUGACUAAACGCACCAAACUAUCGAUAAUCGACUCCUCGGACGCCUAUCACGAGAGCGGACAGGAGCAGACUGACGGGGAGACAAAGAACAGUGCCAAGUACAAAGAAUUUGUGGAUGACAACGAAUGUCGGAAACAGUGGAUUGUUCUACAAUUGCCGGCGACGUAUAUCGCUAGCAAUUGGCCGUUGCGAUACAGUGCCCUCGACGAGGAGGGCGAGACCGUGUGCGUGGCGGGUCGCACGGGGCUGGCACACUACAGCCGCACCGCUCGAAGGUGGAAGCUCUUCGGCAACGAGGCGCAGGAGAAGGACUUCGUCGUCACCGGGGGCAUGUUGUGCUGGCGGCACUAUAUUGUCGUGGGUUGCUACAGCAUCCUGGACGGUCACGACGAGAUCCGUUUCUACCCUCGCGACGCGAAACUCGACAAUCGCUUCGCUAAGAUCGUGCGAGUUCAGUCUCAAGUGUUCGUUCUGGACGUGCUCCACGAUCAGCUCGUGGUCUUCGGAGCGGAUGCGCUGGUCACCAUUUAUGAGCUCAGCUUGGAUAGUGCCGGUGCUAUAGAAUUGCGGUGCGUACAAGCAGUGGACAUAUCCGCCUUGUCCCACCCCGCGUGCGUCGUGUCGGCGUCUCUUUGCCGACUUCAGGACCCCUUGCCCAUGACGCAUCUCAACCGCAACGCCAAGUCGGAGAUGCAGGCGCCGGAUUCGCUGGUGAUCAAUGCGAGUGGAAAACUGAUGAUGGUCCAACGAGAAGAAUACGACGUCGACGAGGAUAAUAAUCCCGUAAGUUUUACUUGA